UCUACUCUAGUUUCAUCACACAUGGCUGCUCCCGCUCUCAAGUUCGCCGCCGUCAUGCUCCUGGCCGCCCUCUGCGCGGCCGCGCUGGUGCCGGCCGCGUCGGGGCAGCCAGCGGACGCGCUCGCAACGUGCAUCGAGCGCUGCGGCUGUGUGCCCUGCCCGAAAGGGAAGGUCUGCAUCACUGUGUGCAGGCCCCCGCCGCGAUGCGCGGCCAGGUGCCGCUGCACCUAUUCCGGCACGGGCUGCUAGGCCGGCGGCGACCUUGGAGACUCCGCCUGCAUGCGUGACGGCUCCGUCCGUCAGGAAGCCUAGCAUCGCAAGCCCUGAAGCCAGCAUCUCAUUAAUUUACUGUGUAUUGUAAGCCCUGUCUGUCGAUGUAUGUAUUGCAUGUGCGUGUGUUUGUGUGGUAAUAAAGUGUCAACGGAUCGAUCCGUUGGGGUUGUUAGCCAGUGUAUACAAGCUUCAAAAUGUUUUGCCAAAUAUAUUAGAAACUAUCAAACCUAUAUAAUAUAAAAUAAAUACAAUAUACAAUAUAUUUUUGUGGGA